UCUAAGUAAAGAGUUAGUUUUCCCAAGGGAAAAAAAAAAUACAAGUGUAGUUAUUUCCCCCUCCUUCCUUUCCCUCUCUUGAACCAAACAUGAUAAUACUUAAAAUCUCUUCCCUCAGUUGAACCAAACACACAGAGUGAGUGACAGCAACAGCAACAUAUUUAAGCUUUGAACAAUUACAAGGAAGUAACAUAGUCAAAGCACACGAUAAGAAGAUGGAGAAAGUGUUUGUGUGACUACUGUGUAUCAGUUCCAACAUAUCUUUCUUCUAAUGGCAUCCUCCUCCUCCUCCUCCGCCGCCACCGCCGCCGUCAAUGGAUUCACCCACGACGUGUUCCUCAGCUUUAGAGGGACUGACACUCGCUACGGUUUCACUGGACAUCUGUACAAAGCUCUCUGUGACAAGGGAUUCCGCACCUUCAUUGAUGAUGAGGAGCUUCACAAAGGGGAGGACAUCACACCAUCACUUCUAAAGGCAAUUCAAGACUCCAGGAUUGCCAUCGUUGUGCUCUCGAGGAACUAUGCAUCUUCCUCCUUCUGCUUGGAUGAAUUUUCCAAGAUCGUUGACUGCUUUGAGGAAAAGGGUCAACUGGUUUGGCCUGUUUUUUAUGAUGUCGACCCUUCUGAUGUGAGAAAGCUGAGUGGUACUUAUGGAGAAGCAAUGGCUAUGCAUGAGGAGAGGUUCAAGGAUCAGAUGGAGAGAUUGCAAAAAUGGAGGAAGUCUCUGCAGAAAGUAGCUAACUUGUCUGGAUGGCAUUUCAAGCAUGGGGAUGAAUAUGAACAUGAGUUUAUUGAGAAGAUAGUUGAAGAGGUCUCACGAAACAUUAAAUGUGUUGCUUUGCAUGUUGCUGAUUACCCAGUUGGAUUGGAGUCCCAAAUCCUAGAUGUAAAUUUGCUUUUGGAUAUUGGGUUUGAUGAUAGAGUGCUCAUGGUUGGGAUCCAUGGAAUUGGUGGUCUUGGUAAAACAACCCUUGCUCUAUCAGUUUAUAAUUCGAUUGCCCACCAUUUUGAAGGGAGCAAAAGUGCAAUUAAGCCUUUAUGUUUUCUUGAAAAUGUCAGAGAAAAUUCAAACAGACACGGGUUACUACAUCUCCAAAAGACCCUUCUUUCUGAAUUAGGUAAAGAGGAGAAAUUAACAAGUGUGAAACAAGGACAUAUAAUAAUUCAGCAAAGGCUCCAACAAAAGAAGGUUCUUUUGAUUCUAGAUGAUGUUGACAAUCAGGAGCAAUUGCAAGCUGUUGCCGGAAGCCCUGAAUGGUUUGGUCCUGGCAGUAGAGUCAUUAUCACGACGCGAGACAAACACCUGCUAGCAUGUCAUGGGGUUGAUAGAAAGUAUGAGGUGAGGGGGUUGCACAAGAAAGAUGCUUUUGAAUUACUCGCAAGGAAGGCCUUUCAAACUCUCGAAGUUAGUCGAAGUUAUGCAGACAUUUUAGAUCGUGCAGUAACUUAUGCUUCUGGUCUUCCAUUAGCUUUGGAAGUAAUAGGUUCUCACUUGUUUAAAAAAAGCAUAGAAGAGUGGAAAUCUGCAUUAGAUCGGUAUGAGAGGAUUCCUAUUAAAGAGAUCCAAAAGAUACUUGAAGUGAGCUAUGAUGCUUUGGACAAAGAAGAGAAGAGUGUUUUUCUUGAUAUUGCUUGUUGCUUCAAAGGUUAUAAUUUGGCAAAGGUCAAAGAAUUACUUCAUGCUCAUUAUGGUGACAACAAGGUACAUCACAUAGGUGUGUUGGUCGAAAAAUCCCUCAUUAAGAUCAGUGAGUCUGAUGUAGUGAUAUUACAUGACUUAAUAGAGGAUAUGGGGAAAGAAAUUGUCCGACAAGAAUCACCGGAAGAGCCUGGAAAACGAAGUAGGUUAUGGUUCCAUAAAGAUGUAGUUCACGUUUUAGAAGGAAAUACGGUGAGUGAGAUUGAUAUGGAUGGUUUGGCUCCUCAUCUUUAACCUUGAUUAGUUCUCUUGAUUAUUAAUGCUAGUAAUGGUUUAGUUACAGUUUUUCCUCUUUA